AUGGAGACGCCCACAGUUCGACUCACGAGUAAAGCUCGAACUGUGACAUGGCAUGAAGUCUCCGAAUGGCAACAGGAUAAUAAAUACAUUUUCAGCGGCUAUCGCCCAGAAAAAGCAGAUUAUAUGGAGAUCCUCACCAGCCUGACGUUUUUGCACAACGAGACUUGUAAUGUGUACACCCAUCUGAUCGGGGCUCUACUCUUACCGCUCAUCGCGAUCACUGUCAUGCAAAUACUCUCCGAGCCUCAAUUCCUCGACGUUUCGAGAUCAGACUAUAUCGUGUUUGGAAUCUUCUUUUGUUGUGCAGAGUGUUGUUUGAUCUUUAGUGCUACAUACCACCUAGUGGGAUCUCACUCACAUGCAGUAGAACAAUUCUGGCUUAGAAUGGAUCUGCUGGGGAUUAUCAUCGUCACUGUUGGCACAUUUAUUCCUGGCAUCUAUUAUGUCUUCGUCUGUGAACCGAAUUUGCAAAAACUGCACUGGGCUAUUAUCACAAUUUCGGGCUCCGCCACCGCUUCGCUGACCUCGUUACCCAAGUUCAGAACGCUGCGCUGGCGGAAGGUGAGGAUGGGUGCCUACGUUGCGCUCGGUGCAUCAGCCUUCAUUCCCCUCUUGCAUGGAGUUCAACUGUACGGACUGGAGUAUAUGCUUCAGUAUUCAGGAAUGAAAUGGUAUCUGCUGGAGCUCGUCUUCUAUGGCGGCGGAGUUGGGUUUUAUGGGCUAAGAAUUCCAGAGCGCUUCGCUCCGGGCAAAUUCGAUAUAUGGGGCGGCUCGCACCAGAUCUUCCACGUCUGCAUCUUGUGCGCCAUGUAUAUACACACAACCGCCCUUAUACAAUCUUUUACAGCGUGUCAUACAUUGGACGUAUGUAGCAUCCAGACUGCUCAUCGGGAUGGCCACAGUAACAAAUAG